AUGCUGUCAGAAGGGUAUCUCAGUGGUCUUACUUAUGGAAAUGACAUCUACUGGAAUUGUCCAUCUCAAGACGAACACGAGGCUGAAGAAAAGGAAGAGGAGUCCAGGGCUGAUGCUGUCCUUUCUUACUCUUCUGUGGACAAAACAGAGGUCCGAAGUCUCUAUGUGAGCUGCAAAUCAACUGGCAGGUUUGUGUCUUCAGCGCAUUCAAGAGAGAGCCAGUGCAGCCGAAACCAGAGAGUCACAGUGCUGCAGACGAACCCCAACCCUGUGUUUCAAAGGCCAACCUUGACCACAGUCGAAAUUUGCAGAGACCACAGUACCAGCCGAGAUACCUACUUGGUGCCAUCUUCCUGCCAAAGCAUUUGCAAGAAUUACAAUGACUUACAUAUUGCAGGGGGCCAGGUGAUGGCCAUUAAUUCCGUGACAACGGAUUUCCCCUCCGAGGGCAGUUUCGAAUACGGCCCUUUGCUCAAGUCAUCCGAGAUUCCUUUGCCCAUGGAGGAUUCCAUUUCCACUCAGCCCAAUGACUUUCCUCAGAAACCCAUCCAGCGCUACUCAUCCUACUGGAGAAUAACCAGCUUCAAAGAAAAAAGCAGCCUGCAGAUGCAGAAGCCGAUUUCGAAUGCCAUGUUGAAUGAGUACCUGGAGCAGAAGUUGGUGGAAUUAUAUAAGCAAUACUUCAUGGACAAUGAGUUUCAUGAUAAUUCACCUACCCAGAUUCUGGCAUCUGAACUCAUCAUGACAAGUGUAGACCAAAUUAGUCUUCAAGUGUCGAUAGAAAAGAACCUUGAGACUUCCAAAGCCAGGGAUAUAGUCAUCAGCCGCCUGUUACAGUUGGCGUCAAGUGAAAUCAGCACUCCUAGUCUCCAUAUUUCUCAGUAUAGCAGUGUGAAUCCUUAG